GCUCAGUAUUUCAGUAACAGGAAAAAACUGGUUUUUGUCGGAAAAAAAAAAAAAGAGAGAGAGGGGGAAAUAGGAAGUAAAAUUGGAGAAGAGGAGGGAAAGGAAUACCGAGAAAACUAAGAAAAAGAGGCACAAGGGGAUUGUCUCGCCGUUCAAGAGGAGUUGGUCGUUUUGAGAUGGGUGAUGCAGCAGAGAUGCAAUCUCCAAAGGAAGAGAUGGUGGCGUGUGUGAGGGCACUGGAGGAUGCUUUGCUUCCAUGCUUGCCGGCCCGAGAGCUCCAAGCAAUUGACCGUUCUCCCCACCCUUCACAUCAGAUUGAUGUGGAGAGACAUGCCAGAGACUUUAUGGACGCUGCCAAAAAGCUUCAGCUGCAUUUUCUUGGUCUGCAACGUGAGGACCAGCCAACAAAUGCUGAACAACUUAGAAAGGAGAUUGCUGUGAUGGAAGAGGAGUUGAAUAUAAAGACUGAGAUCAUCAAGAAGCAUGAAAGGCUAAUCCAGGGGUGGAAAAAGGAGCUAAAAGAUCAAUUGAACAAGCACAAUACCGAGCUUGAGAAGGUGUAGUUACUUGAGCAAGAGAUAUGUAGUUUCUAAGUUGUCAUCCCAUGUAAGGUGGAAACACAAUACAAUAGUGGUAGUUCUAUCUGCUAAAUGUAAACUGAUUGAGAGAGGCGGAGCUAGAACCGGUGACUUUGACUUCAAAGUAGCUGAAUCUGAAGUGUGUCUUGAUUUUCCUGCUC